AUGAAGGCCAUCCGCGCCCUCGUACCGGCCUUCCUGGCAGCCAGCCGCGUCGUCGUCGCAAUGCCCCAGCGCAGCGCGCCCCAACAAGCAGUUCUCGACGCGUCCAAGCAUCUUGUCAAAACACUCGGAGUGGGCCACUUCAGCGAAUGGAGUCGCGCCACAAAGAAGGAGUUUUUGAUCGACUGGCAAGCCGGCAAGGAGUCAGAAUGGGUGAUUGUACAGGGCAAUGAAGGUGGUGAUUUGGAUUCCAUGACGGCGGCGCUGACUUGGGCAUACCAUCUCGAGCAUUCGUCCCAAAACACGUCGAACCCCAUUAAAGCAAUUGCACUUCUCCAGACUCCGUCGCAUGCGCUGGAUUUGAGGCCAGAGAAUAGACUGGCUCUGGACAACUCGCAGAUGACGCCCGGCCACGAGGAUCUAUUAACGCUCGACGAACUGCCCGAAGACCCUGAGACUCUCGGUAAGAAGCUCAAGGGCAUCGUCCUAGUCGACCAUGGCAGCCCAUUACGGAAAUGGAGCGAAGCAAAGAUUCUCAGCAUCUUCGACCACCACAAAGACCGCGGUACAGCUCCUGACGCUGAACCCCGUGUCUUCGAAGUAGUAGCAAGUUGCACCACGCUUGUAGCUCGCCAAAUGCUCGACGAGCUCGAGCAGUUGGACCAAGAAUACCACAUGCCGCACGAACUCCUCGAGCUGGUUCUCAGCGCCAUCGCCAUCGACUCUGGCGGCUUGACUGGUAAAAAGACUACCAAAACCGACAUUGCAGUUUCCAAGCGCGUUCUUGCACGCAGCAACUGGAAAAAGGACAGCCUAGAAGACGUAAUGGAAGACCUAGACGACGAGUUGAGUGAAGCGCAAAAGGACAUUGAUAACCUCGGUCUUCGCGAUUUGUUGCGUCGGGACUGGAAGGGCGAUAUCAUUGAUACUCCUUCGCCGCGUACACCUACUGUGAGCAUUGGCUUCGCAUCUGUUCCUUACUCGAUGGACGAACAGAUUCUCAAGACGGACUUUGCAGAACUCUUUGACUGGUUCGCCGUCCACGCCGCCUGGACCGCUGAAGCCGGCGUCGACAUCGCUAUCACACUCAACAAAUAUAAGAAACACUACAAAGACGGCGAGAAGGAGAAGAUACGCGAAGUCGUCCUGACUGUCCGUGACGACGUACGUAUCGAUCAGGACCAAGCGGAUUCGCUGUUCAAGACAGUCAAGGAGGCGUUGGAGAACAACGAGGAGGGUAUUGAUUUCCAGCCAUGGCAUCGCGCGGAUGAGCUGGCACCGAGACAGAUGGUGUGGACGCAUAAGAGUGGUGCGGGUAGGAAGGUCAUCAGGCCAAUUGUUGAGGAAGCAGUCAUGAAGUGGGACUAA